AUGGAUGUGGACACUCCAAAUGUAUUAAAAAGGUGCAGCAGCGCACCGCUUAUCAAUGAGGUGGCUUCCACGGCCGCCACUUCGCCCUCGACCAGUACAGCACCCAGGAGUACAUCGUUUUUCAGUAUGUUCAGCAACAGCAGUCUGCCUCGGACGAGAAGCAACAGCAUCAGUUGCAGCCCGAUGUCCACGGCUAUCAACUUGCCAGGAAGCUUUCAACGCCACAACCCUCGCGUCAACCAGCUGCGGCUGGAGGAGUGUGCGGACGUGAGCAACACGCGCGAGGUGGCUCACGAGCGGGAGGUCCACACCGCCAUGCAGAUGGGACAGUCAUGUGAGGACCUCACGCUCAUGGGGGGACUCUCAAACUCGCCCACCAGGAUACAGAGGUGUCCGCCCGUGGUGUCUCCCUCUCAAGCCCGCAAGUACACGACUCGCCGCAGCCUGUCUCCCAUCGCGCUGCGAGCGUCCAGCUUCAGUCCCACGAGCCGCCUGCUGGCGGGCGGCAAGCGGCGAGGCGACGAGCCCGACUGCCCACUGGCCAAGCGCUCAUGUCCCGAGCGCCUGUCCCCGCCCACGCCGCCCACGCCCGACUCGGACAGCCUGGAGUGCACCUUCCGGCCCGUCAGCCCGCGGCCCACGCCCAUGAGCCAGUCACCUCACCGCGACGACAGAAAUCACAAGAACUCCAGCUAA